AUGUCACUGGUGCACUGGGCAGGUGCUGCAGGUCUAGCUGGUUCUACGAGCCACCUGGCAUUCUUCAUCCGGGGCGAAUGGGACGGAGCUAGCUCGACAUUAGCAGCCUACUACAUGGCAACAGAGGCCCUUGUGCUGGCGAUCAUCUCCAGACAGUUGGAACUUGGGACAUGGACCAUACUUUCUCGUUUCUUUGCCUUGAAUUUAGGUUAUUUCCUCGGACUCUUCAGCAGCAUAAUUAUCUACCGUGCAUUCUUCCAUCCGCUGCGCAGCUUCCCAGGCCCACCACUAGCGAAGCUGAGCACGUUAUGGUCCAUUAGGGAGACGGUUCACGACUUCAGAUUCCAUCUUACGGUUGACGAUGCUCAUCGGAAAUAUGGGGAUUUUGUGCGCAUCCGCCCUCGUGAGAUAUCUAUCAACAAUGUUGAUGCUAUACGUGACAUUCAUGGCGCAGGGUCCGUUUGCACUAAGGGCCCUUGGUAUGAUGGUUCACAUCCAGGACAGUCCCUCCAUUCAACUCGUAAUAAGGUAUGGCACGCUCAGCGGAGGAAGGUGUGGGAUCGGGGGUUCACCACCACGGCUCUUGGUCACUACUUCCCCCGAGUCCGUGAGCAUUGCUAUGACCUUGUUACACAGAUGUCUAAGCGAGUCGGAACCCCUGUCAACGUUUCGCUAUGGAUGACAUACUUCGGGUUUGACGUUAUUGGUGAUCUCACAUUUGGAAACCCUUUCAAUAUGUUGAAAGAUGGCACAAGUGCCCCCAUCUUGGACCUAUAUAUCAAGUCUUUAUCUAGACCUGCCAUCAGACGCUGUGUACCCUGGUUAUUGGGACUUGUUCCUAGGCCACCUAGGAUUGGCAGAGCACGGAAUCGAAUGGGCUCUUCUGAAUGGUUUUCCACCCUCCUCCAGGGUAGGAAAGAAAUGGACCAAUCUCGAGUCGACCUUUUUACAUACAUCUUCAGCGACGGCGGCGAAGGAACGGAAGCCGCUCAGCUCUCGGAAGCCGACUUUCUUCGUGAUGCUCAAUUGGCUAUUAUAGCAGGAAGUGACACAACUUCCACCACCCUAGCGGCCGUGCUGUACCUCUUAGCCAAGCACCCAGACCAGCAAAGGCUUCUACAACAAGAACUUGAUUCUUUGGCCGAGCAAUCUGACGGUGAGGGGCCAUCUCAUAAGAUGCUUUUAGGAGCACAUUUCCUGAACAGCUGCAUCAAUGAGACUCUGCGCCUCUACCCAGUCAUUCCAGGUGGGGUACAGCGCGUUACACCUCCAGGUGGGAUAAAUAUCGCGGGCAGAUACAUACCAGGGGAUACGAUCGUCUCAACUCCAACGUAUUCAUUGCACCGGGACCCUCGCUACUUUGCCAGCCCGUCAUCCUUCAUACCAUCCCGCUGGUCCUCGUCCCCCGAGCUCAUAACCUACAAAGGCGCCUUCUACCCGUUCCUAAAUGGACCGUAUUCCUGUGCUGGGAAGAACCUCGCCUACCUCGAAAUACGUAUGGUCCUCUACUCUCUACUCUCGAGAUUCUCACUUCGGUUUCCAGACGGCACAUCCCAAGAGGACAUUGCUACAUUGUUCGAUGCUAACGGUGGGUUUCGGGAUUACUUCACAGCCCACGCACCGGACCUCAAUCUGGUCUUUGAACCACGGCAAUAA